AUGGCUUCUAGAGGCCUAAAAAUUUGCUUGGCUGUGUCUCUACUCUUGUUGAUCAUUUUUACAAUUGCAAUUGUGACCUUAUUUAUGACCAUCUUUAAGCCCAAAAAUCCUGAAAUCACUGUCCACCCUGUUGGUCUAGAAGACUUUCAAUCUUCCUUUUCACCCAAUUUGACCCUAAAUGUGACUCUAGGCAUGAUAAUUACUAUAAGAAAUCCAAACUAUGGAAGCUUCCAGUACAUAAACUCCACUAGUUAUGUGAAAUUUCAUGAUACCGUGGUAGCUGAAGUUCCAAUUGAAGCAGAGUUAGUCCCAGCACGUAGCCAAAUUAAUGUGAACACUUCAGCAGAUUUUAUGGUAGCAAAGUUAAUCAAUGAUCCUAAUUUUUUGUCAGAUGUUCUAGGUGGAACUUUGAAUUUCACAUCAACAAUUGCACUUCCUGGGAAAGCCCGAACUACAUUUGUAUUGGAGUAUAUAUAUGCCUUCUUUGGCAUUAAAGAAUAUGCCGGUAUCAUGUACAAGUAG